AAGAACAAGGAGGACGAAGCAAAGCUCUUAGUGGUAGCAAAAGGGGAGCCGAGCGAGCAGACAGUUGAGGAAGCCAAGCCGGACUCGGACUCUUUAGCGGUAGAGAGCAGGAGUGGAGGUGGAGGUGGUGGUGGUGAGAGUAGCAGAGGAGCCCAAACUCUGGAAGCCUGUAGUGAGGAAACCGCGGAGUCGGACACAGGUCCCCAAGUGGUUAGUCCAGAGGCCGAGAAGAUGGAAGUGAAGGCUAAUUGUGAGGAGGAGUCCUCUGCCACUAGAGAGUCCUCUGCCCAAGAGGGUGGUGAUCAGAACACGAGUUCUGAGGAGUCCAAAGACCCCAAACAGUCUUCAAAAGAGGAAAAAGGUCACAGCAGUACUAGCACUGGGCGGAACUUCUGGGUCAGCGGCCUUGCUUCCAGCACCCGAGCAACUGACCUGAAGAAUCUCUUUAGCAAAUACGGGAAAGUGGUUGGUGCCAAAGUGGUGACCAAUGCUCGUAGCCCGGGCGCUCGAUGCUACGGUUUUGUGACAAUGUCAACAGCUGAAGAAACUACGAAAUGCAUUGCCCAUUGCCACAAAACGGAAUUGCACGGCAAAAUAAUAUCAGUUGAAAGAGCAAAGAAUGAACCUGCCACCAAGAAGCUUCUGGAUAAAAAGGACAGCGAGGUGAAGACUGAAAUGUCAUCUGGCGAUAGGGGUGCCAGUGUGAAAAAGAAUGAAAAGACUGAUUCAAAAGAAGAUGGUAACAAAACAGAUGAAAAGGAUGAAAAGGGGAAAGAGGAGCAAAAAUCUGGAUCUGCUGAUCCAUCAAAGACUCCAAAAUCAGGGAGCAAAGGAACAGAAAGAACUGUGAUAAUGGAUAAAUCCAAGGGUGAACCAGUUAUUAGUGUGAAGACCACGUCUAGAUCAAAAGAGAGAAGCGUGAAGAGUCAGGAUCGCAAGUCAGAGAGCAGAGAAAAGAGCCGAGAGCGACAAGGGGCCGCACCAUUCAACAAAGUCAAAGACAGGCGACUUAAUGAAGAACAACAUCGUACCCGUGAUCGUCGAGAAAGGCAGCAGCGCUUGCAAGCCAUCUGGGAGCAAGAGGAAAGGGAGAGGCUGGAGAUCACCCGAGAGAAGCUGGAGUUCGAACGGGCGCGCCUGGAGCGGGAGCGGAUGGAGCGGGAGCGGCUGGAGAGAGAGAGGAUGUACAUUGAGCAUGAGCGGAGGCGAGAGCAGGAACGUAUUCAGCGGGAGAGAGAGGAGCUGCGGCGGCAACACGAGCAGCUGCGCUACGACCAGGAGAGGCGCGUGGCCCUGAGGAGGCCGUAUGACAUGGACGGGAGGAGGGAUGAGCCCUACUGGCCAGAAGCCAAGCGGAUGGCAAUGGAUGAUCGUCAUCGCUCAGAUUUCAGCCGUCAGGAUCGAUUCCAUGACUUUGAUCACAGGGAUCGUGGACGGUACCAGGAUCAUCCUCUGGACAGGAGAGAAGGGUCACGAGGGAUGAUGGGAGACAGAGACAGACAGCACUAUGCAGAGGAACGCCACAGGGAUCCAGAUCGCCACUCCAGAGAUGGUUGGGGCAGCUAUGGUUCAGACAGGCGCAUGAGUGAGGGGCGGAGAAUACCUCCACAGUCCCGAGAUGGACGUGACUGGGGGGAUCACGUUAGAAAAUUUGAAGGCCACCCAGAUCGCUCCUGGCCAGGCAGCGUUGAUGGGGGGUCAGCGGGUCGUGAUCAUGACCGAUGGCGAGGUGGGGGCAGAGGAAGGCGUGGCCACGUAAUGCAGCGAGGUGGAAUGUCUGGACAAGGAGGAUUCAUCCCAGGCAGCCCGCAGGAACAGACUGGCCAGGGAGAGGGCUUUUCAGGACAAGACAGGGGAAACCGACCCAGCGACCCUCGGUUUAGCCGUCACUAUUGAAUGUUUUUAUUGUUUUUAACUGUACAAAUGGCAACAAAGAUGAGGGACAAAGAAACUCUACACUACUACUCAGUGUACCACUGACUGUGACUUUUAAGUUAACCUUCAUUGUUUCACUUCCUAGCUCAGUACGUGAAGCCAUUCGUUUUUUUGUAACGUGUUUCUGUAAGUGCUGCCGCACAUGCUCAUCCUUUAAAAGAAAAUGUGUUUCUUUUACGAGGCAUUCCAUUUUCUAUAAAUAAAAGUACAAUUUACAAU